ACAAACUAGUAACCGGUCUUACAGCCAUGCAGUCAAAGCUCAGAGGCGUGACACAAAGCCAAGCUUUGAGGAACAGCAGAGAGUUAUGGUGUUACAUGAGCAGCAAAAACUCUGGUAGGAGAUAAAGACUCUAAAAAAGGCAUUUGUAUCUCUGGAAGGCCCAUGCAGUCAGAAACUGAAUUUGUCUGCAUGUCUGGAGUACCAUUGAUUCAAUGGCUGUGGACACUGUUUAUAAUAGAAUGCAUCAGACAGCACAUACUAGGCAAAUCUGAUAAGACGCCACUUCCUCUUUAGAGAGGUGAAGAGAAAACGGUAGUAGUUUCGCGCGAAUAGUUCAGCAUUUGACAUCAACAGUGCUGGAAUCCACGAACGCUGAAUUCGGAUCUCUCUGCAUCUGAAAGCUAUCAGGAAAGAGCUCUGAUAAAUGACUCUACAGUGUCAUGAUGUCUUCCACGAAUGCUGCAGGGGCCAGCAACUCCAGUUGUACAAAUCAUAGUGAAGGGUGGGAAGAAAACAUGAAUAAACUCUACACCUAUGUCUAUCUGUUCAUCUUCAUCCCAGGCCUGCUAGGGAACAGCCUUGCUCUCUGGGUGCUGUGUCGCUUUAUAAGCAAGAAGACCAAAGCCAUCAUCUUCAUGAUCAACCUGGCCAUCGCUGACCUGGCCCACGUCCUGUCUUUGCCAUUGCGCAUCUACUACUACAUUACUCUCACCUGGCCUUUUGGAAGGGGGCUGUGCUUGCUCUGCUUCUACCUGAAAUAUCUUAACAUGUAUGCUAGCAUUGCCUUCCUGGUCUGCAUCAGUAUCCAGCGGUGUGCCUUCCUGAUGCGCCCCUUUUGUGCCAGACAGUGGAAGCGGCGCUAUGAUGUUCGCAUUAGCGUAGUUGUAUGGUUGGUGGUUGGUUUAUGCUGCUCUCCCUUCAUCUUGAUGAGAAGCACCCCACCAGACAAACAGCACAAUGAUACCUGCUUCAAGGACUUGCCCAUGCGGAAGCUGAACCUGGGAACAGCAGUGACCAUAAUGUCCUUCGGCGAGCUCCUGGGCUUUGUGGCCCCACUGACCAUCAUCAUGUUAUGCUCUUAUUUCAUCAUUUAUUCUUUGAAGCAGAGCUUGAGGCCUGGUGUCUCAGUCAACGACAAGAAAAGGGCCUUGCGCAUGGUCUUAGUGUGUACUGGUGUGUUCCUCUUCUGUUUCGCCCCCUACCACAUCAACUUCGUGCUGUAUAUGAUGGUCUCACAGGACUUCAUUACCCAGUGUCCUGUGCGGCAGGCAGUUAAACAGUUCCAUCCAAUCUCACUGUGCAUUGCCAGCCUCAACUGCUGCCUGAAUCCACUCAUAUACUACUUUCUGACCACAGAGUUCCGGCAGCAGCUCAGUCGCCAGGGCAGCUCUAUAUUACGAGGGCGGCUGAUGAGUAUGGAGAGCACCUCCUCAUGUAGAGAUGCAAUUUCCUGAUAGCCAUGGAGAGCACUUCCUCCUACAGAAAAGCACUUCUGUGAUGAACAUAGAGAGCACCUCCUCCUACAGAGAAACACUUCCCUGAUGGCCAUGGAGAGCACCUGUUUAUAUAGUGAAGAACCUCCUGAUGAGGAGGAAGAGAACACCUCCCCCUAUAGAAAAUGAGGUCCCUUAGACAUCUUAACAACAUAUGCAUUAGUAUCCCGCACUAUGAAUUCUUGAAGCUCUAUUUCUGCUCCAGCUGGUGAAAGCUGCAUCAUGACCAUGGAUAUGAAGAAUGUUGCCCAAUGUUCAGUUUUAAUAAGCAGGGUUUGGCCCACUGUUUACCGCGCUUUGAGGCGUCUUUGAGGACCGCUAGUUAUAAGCCCUGUUCCUUCCUCUCAGCACUCAUGGCAAUUCUACUACACAGUGCAUUUUAGGUUCAGCCCAAGAUAUAUCACCUGUCCGGUGUAAGUUAUUACUGAUGCUGAGGUCAGAAAAUGCAGCCUUUAUGCCUAAAAACAAUCGCUGUGAUUAAAGAAAAAACACAAAAGGAAUUAAGAGAAAACAUUUUACAAUAAACAAUAAAACCCAUCACUUCAGUUGUAGCAAAACCAGUGUGACCAGAUUAAGAUCAGAUAUUGACUGUUUAGUUGCUAAGAAAACAGGCACACAAAUAAAAAGAUUGAAAGACACAUGGCAUUCUUACCAACUCUGAUAGAAUGUGCUCUGAAUAUUGCACUAAAACAAGCAUGCUGUAAAUAAGGACUUAUAGAAAGUAUACAUGCUUCAAAUAAUACAAAGCUGAAUAUAGUACUAUCUACUAAUUGUGUCAUAAAACCACUGACAGUAGUGUACUGAAAUAGAGAUAGCUGACCUAGAGUCAUUUUGAUGUUGCAUUUUGUGUUUUUCUUGUGUAUUCAAAUAAAGUUUUAAAUGCACAAA